AUUCAAAGUCAAUGCUGAAUACUCAGCUCAGAGGCAACAGUGAUGUUUCCUGCCCAUCCUAUUGUACUCUCACCAAUGGCUAUGUAUGGUGGCACCAUAAUGGCUGUGAGUGAGGCCCUGGUGUGUGUGAAGAACACUAUCCUACAACUCUGGCUGGGGAUAAUUUUGUUCCCAUAUGGAUGGUUCUUGGUUGUGCACUCCCAAUACCAUGGUCCUCCGGAAGUGGUGAUUCCCUUAAGGGUAACAGGCACUGGCCUUAGCAUAAAGACUAAAGAUUGGCUCUCUUACAGAAUGCAUUUUGGGGGCCAGAAUCAGGUCAUACACAUGAAGGUCAACAAGCAUUUCCUAUCCAGACACUUCCAAGUGUUUACCUACUCAGGCCAAGGCGCUCUCUUUAAGGACCAGCCUUUUGUAAAGAAUGACUGUAACUAUUAUGGUUAUGUGGAGGGGGACGCAGAAUCUCUAGUUGCCCUCAGUACCUGUUUGGGGGGUUUGCAAGGAAUAUUACAGACAAAUGACACUGUUUAUGAAAUAGAGCCCAAGACACUUUCUACCACAUUUGAACAUUUCAUAUAUAAAGUGGACAGUGAGGAGACACAGAUGCCACCCAUGAGAUGUGGAUUAACAGAUGAAGAAAUAGCACGACAAUUGAAUGUGUAUUCUGAUGGUAUGAGCCUGCCAGAGAACAGAUUCAAAGUCAAUGCUGAAUACUCAGCUCAGAGGCAACAGUGA